AUGGGAAUACUGACAGUAGCAUCAACUGCUGCUAAGUCUGCCCUCACCAUAGGCGGACUCAGCAAAUUGACGUUCAUACCAGCUAUGCUAGCAGCGAUGGCGUAUUUUAAUUAUGAACUUCUGGACCCGGAAAGUAGACCCUUCAACCAGAAGUACUUAAGAGAAGAAUACGAUUUCAUAAUCGUUGGAGGAGGAUCCGCUGGCGCUGUUGUUGCUAAUAGACUGUCGGAAAUAGAAGGCUGGAAUGUUUUGUUACUUGAAGCUGGUGGACAUGAAACAGAUAUUAGCGAUGUGCCUCUAUUAUCUAUAUAUUUACAUAAAAGCAAAUUAGAUUGGAAGUAUAGAACCCAGCCGCAAGAUUCAGCAUGUCAAGCCAUGAUAGACAAACGCUGUUCGUGGACUAAAGGAAAAGUACUAGGCGGUUCUUCAGUCCUCAAUACCAUGUUGUACAUUCGAGGGAACAAACGCGACUUCGAUCAGUGGGAGUCAUUUGGAAACCCUGGUUGGGGCUAUGAAGACGUUCUACCUUAUUUCAAAAAAUCAGAGGAUCAAAGAAAUCCAUACCUGUCAAAAGAUACUAAACACCAUUCUAUAGGCGGAUAUUUGCCUGUACAAGACGCGCCAUACAACACACCCAUCGGCGCAUCGUUUUUACAAGCCGGCGAGGAAAUGGGAUACGAUAUUAUAGAUGUCAACGGCGCACAACAAACUGGUUACGGCUGGUAUCAGUUUACGAUGCGGAGAGGAUCCAGAUGCUCUACAGCCAAGGCCUUUCUCAGACCUGUUAGAUUACGUCAGAACUUACAUAUUGCUCUGUUUUCCCACGCCACCAAAGUUCUUAUAGACAAAGAUACAAAGCGCGCCUAUGGCGUGGAAUUUAUAAGAGACAAUGCAAAGCAAGUUGUAUACGCUAAGCGCGAAGUUAUUCUCUCGGCUGGCGCUAUUGCAUCGCCUCAGUUAUUAAUGUUGUCGGGAGUGGGCCCAGCGGAACAUUUAAAAGAAGUCGGUGUUGAUGUGAUCUACGAUUCGCCCGGAGUCGGGAAAAACCUGCAAGAUCACAUUGCCGUAGGCGGAGUAGUAUUCCAAAUUGACUAUCCUAUUAGUUUAGUAAUGAACAGACUUGUUAAUAUAAACUCGGCACUGCGGUACGCCGUUUCAGAAAAUGGACCACUCACUUCUAGCAUCGGAUUAGAAGUAGUUUCGUUCAUUAAUACAAAAUAUGCGAAUGCGUCAGAAGAUUGGCCGGACAUAGAGUUCAUGAUGACAUCGGCUUCGACGCCCUCGGACGGCGGGACACAGGUGAAAAAGGCGCACAGUCUCACGAAUGAGUUUUACGAAGAAGUAUUCGGACACAUUACUAACAAGGACGUGUUUGGAAUUUUCCCUAUGAUCCUCCGACCGAAGAGUCGAGGUUUUAUAAAGCUGCGUUCUAAAAAUCCAUUAGAUUAUCCGUUAAUGUAUCAUAACUAUUUAACACAUCCUGACGACGUCGGGGUUCUAAGAGAAGGAGUGAAAGCUGCUUUGGCCGUUGCCGAAACGAAGGCCAUGAAACGUCUAGGUGCAAGGUUUAACAGCAAACCAGUGCCCAAUUGUAAGCAUCUCCCUCUUUAUACAGAUGAAUACUGGGAUUGCUAUAUUAGACAGUAUACGAUGACAAUUUAUCACCUGUCGUGUACAGCGAAGAUGGGACCAGAGACGGAUCCAAUGGCUGUUGUAGACUCGAAACUAAGGGUGUAUGGAAUAGAGGGUCUUCGAGUUAUAGACGCUAGUAUAAUGCCAGCAAUAACGAAUGGAAACAUAAAUGCGCCUGUAAUUAUGAUAGGCGAAAAAGGGAGUGACCUCAUCAAAGAGACCUGGUUGUCCAAACCUCAAAAAAGAAGAAGAAGAAAUGCAUUAAAAUGUUCAAGUUUAGGAGAACUACUAUUAAAGAAUAAAACUUGCGUUAUUGAAAGGUGA